AUGGACCGUUCCCUGUCCCUCUACGCCCAGUCGUGCGAGAAGACCGUGCUGAAGAGGCUCCUGAAGGAGCUGUGGAGGAUCGUGAUGCACACGAUGGAGAAGACCGUCGUCCUUCCUCCCAUGACCGACAAAUCCGUGAGACCCCUUUUCGCUUCUUCGCGUUUUCGAGUCCCUUCGAAAGUCUCCAAACGGUCUGCUCGUCGAAGGCCCUGUCCUUCUCGGGUCGCGUUUCCCGCGCGGGAGAAAAAUCCUGCCGGUCGAGUACGGGAAGAUCGCACGGAUCGCCGAGUAGAGACGGAAUCGGGCCUCCGAGUCCCGGUCCGUCUCGAGCGCGAAGAGAUCCCACCUCUGACCUCGAUCGGCCUUUUUCGAUCGGCGUGGCCCGCCACGAGAGGACGGGAACGCCGUGCGGUCGCAUUCGCUAAGAGAUCCAGCGCGUUCCGACGUUCGCGAUCGAUGAGGAAGAGGAAGGAGAGAUCGACGAGGCGUCUAUGGGACCGGGAUGGGACGGAAAUGGGACCGCAGACGAGGUGGGACGUGAUUCCAUUUCCCGGUUCGUUCUCGCAUGCCUCGCGAGCCCUGCCUUCCCGGAUCGGCCGGAAGAUGGCAGCACGGCGGGGACGACGGAUCGUCGCCCGUCGAAGCGCGUUCGCGAGGGAUCUUCCGAUUCCGAUGGCUUCACGACGAGCCGGGGACGAAGUGACGAGGCGCGCGCGUCGCCGGAUUCCGAACGGGGAAGAUGCUCAAAGGCGCAAAUCCCGGUAG